AUGAGCAGGCAACGGUACUUGUUAACAGACUCACAGACCCGCCUAUGGGACUGCAGCCACAGGACGCAGAGAGAGGCAAGUUCCCCAAGCUUCAGCAUCCCACCACGGAUUGGGUAACUUCUUCUUCUCUACUAAAUGAACUGCUGAGGGGGCCUCAUUUUGACACCGUCUCCUGCAGUGAGCAAAGCUGGGAAGUUCUGGAAUUUAAAAGAAAAGCUACUUUUCAGGCUACUGCUCUCAAGAUGAUUCUCUCUAUUUCACUGGUGGUACUAUUGACAGUGUGGGCUUCCGAUGCCAAAAACAUUCCCCAGACAAACAGUGCAUCUCUUGAAAAGGAUAUGUUAAAUCUCGACAUUCAAGUCAUUCAAAGCCAUGGUUAUGGCAAUGAGGAUGUGAAACGACUGGAAUGGGACAAGCACCACAAGAGAGCACCGCGGGGUGCAGAGGACGAGGACACAGACGCAGGUGAACCUCAGUCUACCUUCUCACGGUCUUAUGGGAACGAGUUCACCUCACCCAGAGCUACCCAGUUCUCUAGCUCAACCCUGGAAACUGGGGCCAACACAGACUCAACUCUGGACACUGGGGCCAACACAGACUCAACCCUGGACACUGGGGCCAACACAGACUCAACACUGGACACUGGGGCCAACACAGACUCAACCCUAGAGACUGGGGCCAACACAUACUCAACCCUGAAUACUGGGGCCAACACAGACUCAACCCUGGACACUGGGGCCAACACAUACUCAACCCUGGACACCGGGGCCACUGGGGCCAACACAGACGUGGAUCAGGGCAACAGCAGCACUACAGGAAGGGGGAUCACCAACAUCCACAACCCUCUGUACCCGGUGACUGACAGUUCCUACACUGCCUACGCUGUCAUGUUCCUGUCCCUGGUGGUGUUCUCUGUGGGGAUUAUAGGGAACCUGGCUGUGAUGUGCAUCGUCUGGCACAACUACUACAUGAGGAGUACCUGGAACUACAUCCUGGCCAGCCUGGCUUUCUGGGACUUCCUGGUGCUCUGCUUCUGUUUACCUGUGGUGGUCUUCAAUGAGCUCACCAAUAAGAGGCUGCUGGGGGACAUCUCAUGCAGAGCGGUACCAUAUAUGGAGGUGACCUCCCUAGGGGUGACAUCCUUCAGCCUGUGUGCCCUGGGUAUUGACCGCUUCAACUCUACCACCAGCUCCCAGCCCAAAAUCCGGCGAGUGGAGAGCUGCCAGUCCAUCCUGGCCAAGCUGCUGGUCAUAUGGCUGGGCUCCAUGGUGCUGGCGGCCCCAGAGCUACUGCUGUGGCAGCUCAGCCAGGCCGUGUCUCCAGCCACAGGGGUCGUGGUGGACUCCUGCACCAUGAAUCCUACCUCCAACCUCCCCGAGUCCAUGUACACCCUUGUCAUCAACUACCACGAGUGCCGCAUAUGGUGGUACUUUGGUUGCUAUUUCUGCCUGCCCGUGGUCUUCACCCUCUUGUGCCAGCUGGCCACCUGCCACGUGUCCAAUGACGGUAUCCCCCAGCGCUUAGAGGAACGCUCCCCCUCCAAGAAGCAGAAGAUACAACACAGUCAACAGGUGGAGCGCCAGCUCAAUUACACCGUGAUGGCCCUGACUGUGGUUUACGGCGUCUGCUCCCUGCCGGAGAACGUGUGCAACAUCGUCCUGGCCUACACCGCCAUGCCCGUCUCUGACAACACUGCUACCCUGCUGGCCCUCAUCAACCAGUUCUCCCUGUUCUUAAAGUCGUCGGUGACGCCGGUGCUGCUGCUGUGCCUCUGUAAGUCUCUGAGCCAGGCCUUCAUGGACUGCUGCUGCUGCUGCUGUGAGGAGUGCCAACCCAGGGGCUCCCAUUCCCCUGGCACCGAGGCCAAACUCAAGAGCACCAACGAGAUGUCCUCCUCCAUCUUCUUUGACAAAGCCAAGGACAGCUCCACCAUCUUGUCGAUCAGCGGGUCCAGCUGAACUGGCCUCUCCUGCUUUCUUUCCUUUCCAUCACCUAAACUGGUUAGAUGUGGUAACAAAGCAACUCACCUUUCAGUAGUGGACAUUCCAGUCUCAACCAUGGACACACCUUUGUUUUCAGUAUUGUUAGUCAGAAGACAGGGACCACUGCCAGCGUCACCUUCUCUGUACCCUUAAUGUCUGUAAUGUCUCUCCUUUUGAUGUUCUCUCCAGACAGAUACAACACCCCAUCCAGUUUUAAGGUGGUUCAUUUUACAGGAAGUUCAGACAUUGACUAAAGUGCAGACUAGGGGGCUGGAGGGAAGAAGGAGAAGAGCUCCAUUUAAUAUCCUUGUAGAAGUGUCACCCCAAUGUGUUUAUUCUAAAGAUUAUUAGGUCAAAAAUAAACAGAGUAUUAUGCUAGAUUAUUAUACUAGGGUUGACUAACAGCCCCAGGGUGUCCGGCACUGAGAUCGUUAUUUCUUGAUGUCACAACAAUUAACAUAUCUGUAAAAUGAUGUUGCCUUAUAAUUUUCUUCAUGUCCCCCAAUUAUCGAUGCAGCUACUUCAUCUUUAGCCGUCCCAUGUCAUUGUAUCAAGUAUUGUUUUGAGUUAUAUUAAUAAUCAACAGGGAUGGUUUAGACGGUAUUUUCCAUCAAAUCAAAGUGCUGUGAAUAAUGCAAAAUUAUUUUAACAGAUAGUCAUGAGAAAUCACUGUACAGAGGUCAAGGUUAUAAACUGGUUAUAAGAAGGUUAGGAAAGAAGUCAGACAUCAUUUUGUGAAUAAUAGAAAAAUCCACCAGCUGUAGUUGUCUUUAAUUUAUCCAAUAAAGGUUUGUAAUUUA